CGCUGCUCGCGCUGUACUGCCACCGCGCUUUCGUUGGAUGACAAAGCGCAAGGCGCGCGCUACCGUCCCGGGGGGCGCUCGCAUGGAUCUCAAGGGCGGCAAGCCGGGCGCGCUCGUCGGCCGGCGCCUCACCGUCAAGUACCAGGAGGAUGAGGGCGCCCCCGCGGUACCGUACCUCGGCGUCGUGACGUGGACAGAGCCCGGCCGGCUGUACGCCUGCUUCGAUGGCUUUGACGAGGCGGACGGCGCGUGGGUAGACGACUCGGACGAGUGGGGUUGGAGCCCGGCCGCGCAGCCAGCGCCCGACCCGCCGGGUGCGUGGACGCCGGGAGAGCCCGCGCCGCCGAUCGACAAGAUCUUCCUCUCGCGAGAGUGCAAGCCGGCUGCCGGCGCGGUGCCCGCGGCCGGCGUGCCGCCCGACGCGGCGGAGCCGCCGCCCGCGCGACACGACGAGCUGCUCGUCAAGUGGAAGGGGCUCGCCCACGUGCACUGCCAGUGGGUUCCGCGCGCCGCGCUGGAGGCGGAGCACUCGAACAAGCAGCGCGUGCAGCGGUGGGUGCGGGCGCACUCGAGUGGGGAAGCGGUGGAAAACACGUGGGGCCUGGACGGCGACGAUGCGGCGGCGGGCGCCAAGGACGACGAGCUCGGCUACAACGCCGACUUCAACCUCGUCGAGCGCAUCGUUGCGAGCGAGGCGGCCGAUGAGGCGCCGCCGCGCUUCCUGGUCAAGUGGCGCGGGCUGCCUUAUGCGAGCUGCACGUGGGAGGGCCCUCGCACUCUCCUCGAGGAGCAGCGGGCUAUCCUCGCGUGGCAGGCGCGCGAGCAGCCGCCGCCGCCGCGCGAGCUGCGCGUCGCGACGACGCGCUCCCGGCCGCCGCGCUCCGCCUUCGUCAAGCUGACGGAGUCGCCGGUCUUCAAGGACGGCCGCCGGCUCCGGCCGUACCAGCUCGAGGGGCUGAACUGGCUGCUCUUCUCGUGGUACGCGCGCCGCUCUGUGAUGCUCGCCGACGAGAUGGGGCUGGGCAAGACCAUCCAGUCCAUCUCCACGCUGCACCACCUGUGGACACACGAGCACGUACGCGGGCCGUUCCUCGUCGUCGCGCCGCUCUCGACGCUCGCGCACUGGAAGCGAGAGUUUGACGAGUGGACCGAGAUGAACGCAGUCGUCUACCACGGCACAGCCGAGUCGCGCGAGGUGCUCCGGACGCACGAGUGGCGCUUUGCAGACGGCGGCGCAGCCGGCUCCAAAGACUCGAGGGACGAGCACGAGCCCGCGCUGUACAAGUUCCACGCCCUGGUCACGUCGUACGAGGUGAUCAAGCAGGACCUCUCCUUGCUCAAGGCGGUGCCGUGGCGCUACAUGGUCAUCGACGAGGCGCACCGCCUCAAGAACCGCGACUCGGCCCUCGCCACGGACCUGCGCGCGCUGCGCGUGGAGCACAUGCACCUGCUCUCCGGCACGCCGCUGCAAAACAACACGACGGAGCUGUGGGCGCUGCUCACCUUCCUCGACCCCGACCUCUUCCCCUCGCUGCCCGCCUUUCUGGAGGAGUUUGGCACGCUCACCGACGCGGCGCAGGUCGAGCGGCUCAACACUCGCAUCCGGCCGUACCUGCUGCGCCGGCAGAAGAAUGACGUCGAGAAGUCGCUCACGCCGCUCGAGGAGACCAUCGUGUGGGUCGAGAUGACGCUCUUCCAGAAGCGGACCUACCGCGCCAUCCUCGAGGGCGAGCGCGAGCUCCUCGUCGGCGGCGUCACCGGCGCGGCGCUACCCUCGCUGGUCAACUUGCAGAUGGAGCUGCGCAAGUGCUGCAACCACCCCUACUUGAUCAAGGGCUUCCUCGCCGCGUCGGGCAAGUGUGUGCUCCUCGACAAGCUUCUGCCCAAGCUGCGGCGCGAGGGGCACCGCGUGCUGAUCUUUUCGCAGAUGGUGCGCAUGCUCGACAUCCUCUCGGACUACCUGCUCGAGCGGCGCUACUCGCACGAGCGGCUCGACGGGACGAUCCGCGGCGACCUUCGCCAGGCCGCCAUCGACCGCUUCUGCCGCCCCGACUCGGACACCUUUAUCUUCCUCCUCUCGACGCGCGCGGGCGGGCUCGGCAUCAACCUGACCGCCGCCGACACCUGCAUCCUGAUGGACUCGGACUGGAACCCGCAGAACGACGUGCAGGCGAUGGCCCGCUCGCACCGGAUCGGGCAGACCAAGCGCGUCAAGGUCUUUCGCCUCGUGACGCGCAACACUUACGAGGCGGAGAUGGUGGAGCGCGCCAACCGCAAGCUCGGCCUC